CAGGCAGUUUAGUUGUUUCUUUUUUUUACGCUCGUGCGUUUGAGUAGUAUGGGCUUUGACAUAGGACGUUUCUUAGAGCCCGUUGAAGAUGAACUAAAAUGUGGCAUAUGUUUUGGUGUUUUAGAUGAUCCACUAGUAACAACCUGUGGCCAUGUUUACUGCUCUCAAUGCCUGGUCCAGUGGAUUGCUGAAAAUGGGACAUGUCCUCUGACUUGCGAACAACUAGCUAUAGACGAUUUAAAGAAGAUAGGACCACUUACUCAUCUUGUCUCGAAAUUGAAUAUUCGUUGUGGAUAUUAUCAACGUGGCUGCCAGGCUAUUUUGAAGAUAGAAAAUCUUCAAGCGCAUCAGCAUAAAUGCCAAUACGUAAAGGACUUAACUUCCGGAGGUAAAAUUAUGGAACAUUGUGAUUCAUCUGAUCAAUCAAAUCAAGUCGCCGUUUGCGAGAAAGGUUGUGGGCUGCCUCUGUUGUAUGAUCAAGAACCUUCAGGGCACGAUUGUACUCAGGCAUUACAAACAAAUAUAUCUUCAUUACAAGUUAAAAUUACCAAACUAGAAAAUGAAAAGGAACAGAUAUCAGAACGACUCGCCGUAAGAGAGGAAAGCCUACAUGAACGGAUUCUAAAUCUGGAAAACGAACUCCAUAGCUACCAAAUUCAGGCAUUGAAUUUUGAAAGACAAUUAAAAGAGUACCGGUCACAGGUCGGGUACUACCAAAAGCAUUUGGAAAUUCGUGGUGAACAGCCAGUAGAAUCAAUGCAAGUGGAAGUCUUAUUAGAGCGUAUUGAUGGAUCUCUUGGGUUCAACAUUAUGGGUGGAAAUGAGGUCGGAAGCAAGUCAGUUGGGGGUAGUGGUAUUGUGGUUUCUAAGGUUGCUGAAGGAGGGCCUGCUGCAAAAGUUGGGGGCCUGAGAGUACACGAUCGAAUAAUGAAGGUUAAUGAUAUUGAUUUAUCUGAGGCAACUCAUGGACAAGCCGUGCAGGCAUUCAAGGAGGCUACCGAACCAAUUGUUAUUGCUAUUCAAAGAAAAGUUGACAAAAACAUUGAAUGUUUGAAUAAAGUAGUUUCAAGUGGGACUCAAACUGAGACUUUAGCACAUGACGUUGAUACAGAUAGUGGAAUCCAUGACCGGUACAGCCCAAGACAAGAUUUGCUUCAGCUUCAAAGGUCUAAAUCACUUGAUGACGGGACAAGCAGUUCAGAGUACUCCCACAGAAUAAUCGACUCGAGCCGUGAUGACCUCGAGCUAACAAACUUCAGGGGAGGUGCUUUUCCUUUUACAAAUGAUCUUAGUCCUAAGAGCACAAUCAGGUCUCAAGAUGAUUCGGUUCACCAGGUCUCUGAUAUGAAGGACAUCAACAAUGUGACAGAUGACAACCCCAAUUACAUGUAUAAUUCUUAUGCCAUGUCAGAUCAAGUUUUCUUCGAUGAAGAGUUGGAUUAUGAGUAUGAGGAAGUGACUUUAUGGCUUGGCGCAGGAGAUAUAGACUUGGGACUGACUUUUUGUUGUGGAGAAGAAGACGAAUCGGCUGUCUAUAUUUGUGUGAUCGAACAAGAUUCAGUUGCAUAUCUUGAUGGAAGGCUCAUGCUAUGGGAUCAAGUCUUAAAGAUUGAUGACCAACCUGUUACUCAUAUAAACGACAUAGAACCUUUAGUAUGUGAAUCUACGGAGACUAUAAAGUUUUUAGUUGCAAGACCUGCUCAAGAGGUCCAGGCGACGUUUAUUGGAGCAGAAGGUAGCGCAACGUGGGAAUGCGCAGACAAUUACGGGGGAUUUAGAAUUGCCGCAAUUAAGGAAGAGGAAGAAGAUGGAGCUGAAACAGUUAACAGCGAGAAAACAAGUGGAGAUAAAUGUGAAAAGGACAGUGGGUUUGGUAGAACCGAUGAAAGUACAAAGAACGAUGAGAGUUCGGAACAAGAUACUCUUGACAAAAUAAAACGAUCCAAGGACAAGAAUAAUCGUAAAACACGUGAUCAAAAUGUCGAUGUGAAUACACCACCUACGACUCCAAAGAAGGAGAGUAAGUCCUCGCGUAGUAAGUCGUCAGAAAACGGUUCUAGUAAAGAGAGCAGCUCUAGUAAAACUGUCGAAAAAGAAUCUAGUAAACGCUCACCAGAGCGAAGUGAUAAAAAGCGAUCAAAUGGAUCACCUACGCACAAAGAUAAAAGAUCGGAUCGUAAGAAAGAUAAGGAUAAGGAUAAAGGAUCUAACGAACGUGAACGUGAAAGGGACAGAGACCGUGAUAAGGACCGCGAUCGUGAAAAAGGACGUGAUCGCGAUCGUGAUAGGGGUAAACAUUCUGAUCAUCGUCGAUCGCGGCGCCUUGGUUGUGUGGACAGAAGUAUACGCGCGUCAUAUAUGCGCGCUUGCAAGGAUUCUAUUCAAACUAUUAAUUUGUUUGGAAUCGAUGAUUCCAACAUCAUUAAAGGGGAUCAAAGGCGACGRAAAUCAUCAAAAGAAGAAUCAAGUAAUGAAGCGCAACAAAAUGAAUGGAAAGUCAGAAUGACAAAGGAUGGUAAACAUAUUUUUGUUCGUAAACAAUCUAGUACGUCUGCUCGACAGGCAAGGAAUAAGUUACUUCGCGACAGAGCACAGAAAAUUACGGAGGAACGUAGAGGAUUGACAACUGAAGACGACACGCAUUCUGUUUAUCAGGGUCGCUAUUGUCCACGUGAUAUGAGAAGAAGACAGCUUGAAAAAGUAAGAGAAGCGCGGAUUCAUAGAAGCCAAAAACUGAAGGCUGCAUCUGAUAGUCCACACACUGGAAGUGGUUCAGAAAGCGGAGUUGGGAAAAGAGAUCUCAUUGUUGAACUUAGCAAGAGAAAAAUGCUCAAAAGCAAUGACCGAAGCUUUGAUGACUUUGUUACUGUACAGGAACUGUUAGUUCAAAGAAAUAUAGAUGGAUGCCAAAGUGGACCAAUUCAUGUUACRACCGUAUAAAAAUAUUAGGCCCAAUAUGCCGGACUAUAACCUUAACUAUCUAUAUAGAGUAAUAUCAAUAUAUCAGUAUUCGCUAUGCUUUGGCUUUGGUCGUGCAACAUCCAAGGAAAGAAAGAGUUUGACUUGAUUGAGACUGAAAUUUACGUUUCUGAGCAUUGACUCAAGCGACGUGAGGCAAUAAAGUCUCCCUGCAUUUCCUUAUAUCUUGAGUUUCUACACGCAGUGUUUUGMGCAAGAACAAAUUUACUUUUUCCGAUCUACUGUUCAUCUGCGCAAAUGCGCAGGUAGUGACCGGGUUUUGUUUAGAUACCUUUAAAUGCAUGGCUUUUUGUAAUGAAAUCAUUGGACUGCUAUUAAGCGCAGUGUUGUUUUCAAUACCAACAACAAAGUCUUGCUUUUGAUUUUCUGCAAGGUGUGGCACUAAAUCCUCCUCGGAUGGAUAGCGCAAAUCAAUUAUAAAUAAAUUCACAAACUGAAGGAAACGUAAAACUUAAUUACACUGUUUUUGUGUUAUUAUAAAGCUGUAAAGUUGUUUMAUCCUUUCAUACGGCUGGCUAUGAUUUGACGCGUUGCGCAAAAUUGUUAGGACAGUUGUGCUGGGAACAUAAUUUACUACUCAAAGAUCUUUAAAUUUCCAAUGCUCCUGAAAAKGCCUAGCCUGCGUGCAGCCCGUUUUUAACUCGGACUCAAGAUCGGGCUCAACGAAGGCUAGAAGUGGCCAAGUGGUCGGAAUUCCUAAAAUGUUACUUCAAAGAGAAAAUAUUUAUUGAUGUAYCAGUUUCCUAAAUACUUUUGCCACAUGUCAACUCAAACUAUUACAGCUUAGAAUUGGCAAAGUAGAGUGUAAAGCUGCUGCGCGGCUGCUACACAAUGAAAGUUUUAGCUGAAACUUUAGUGCAACGGCCUUUUUAGAUAUGUUUAGCGAAAAUGUUCACCUUUAAAAAUAACAGCUUUGUGAAACUUUCUUGGCGAGAAAGGUUCAUGGAAAAAAGAUAACUAUAGAGCUAGUGCACCUGAAGCUUGUCUCCGAAGGCGCAAGGCAAGUUCCAUGAGGAAAAAAUGACGCCGCAUGGUGCUACCCCUCGUGGAACUCGUCUUGUGCCACCGUUGCGCACAAGAUUCAGCUAACAUUUUGACCUGGAACUGCGCUUUAACCAUUGAUGAAAUUUGGAACUUCGGGUGACUAUCCGGCUUCAAACGAUGGGCGUUUCCCAGAAUUGAUGAAUGGUUACAAUGGAUUGAGGGCUUAUUUAACCCUCCAAUUGUUUGAAAAAACACUGCACUAAAAUGGCGGAAUGUUUAACAACUGAAUAGAUCAGAUGUGCUCUUUCAUCUAAUUUCUUAUUUUUAUCAAAACAAAGAGUGCGCAUCCUUUUUUUAAUUCAGGGUAAGGCGCUUCUCACAUCCUGAACCAAAAUCUGGAUGAAAAUAUUGUAUGUGCUGCAGUUUAGAUUUAGCACGCACAGUCAAGGAUGUAAAUAAUCCAAAAAAAAAAUUGUUUAUUUGGUUUCUAAAUUUCUUCGAGAGAGAAAAUUUAACUUCAACAAUUUUUUUKGGGUUCCGAAUUUCAAACUUGGUGUUCAAAACUAGUUUGUUACGCGCGCUUCUUCUUGUAUUUCAAUUCAGUUAUUCAAGAGAUAAAGUAAAUUUAUUUUUAUGUACAUUUAAAAUUAUUUAUUGCUAAAGUAGUAUAUUCUAUAUUUUGUAUCAUAUUGUAUAUYAUAUAAGUAUUCCAUUCGUUUUAUGUGUGCCCUUUUGUUUUUGUGAAGCUGAUACUUUAAGCUGAAUGAGACAGGAAGAGAAAGAUGCGRUUUCCCAUUAAAGACUUAAUAUCUUGGAGAUAAUUAUGUUAAAUAAUAUAACUGAAUAUAUGAAAAUAAAAAUUUGUAUUGGA